AGAAAGGGGCAUUCGCACCCGGGCUGGGCGGGCGCACCCAGAGCCAGGCGGGCAGGAACCCCGCGCAGCCGUCCCGUGUCCGCGUGUCCCCCGCGCCGAAGGGACGCCUCGCUAGCCUCGCCGCCCCCUCCCCCUGGAUUCCCUCCCCGCCCCUCCCCCCUGCCUGCCUGCCUGCACCACCUUCCACCCAGAUCGUCUCUAAAGGGAGUUCUUGGUUUCCUCUGAUUUCUUAUGAACCCAGGAUGGGCAGCAAGGAAGAUGCAGGCAAGGGGUGUCCGGCGGCCGGUGGCGUCUCCAGCUUCACCAUCCAGUCCAUCCUGGGCGGGGGGCCCUCGGAGGCACCGCGGGAGCCCGCUGGCUGGCCGGCCAGGAAGCGCAGCCUGUCCGUGUCCUCGGAGGAGGAGGAGCCGGACGACGGCUGGAAGGCGCCUGCCUGCUUCUGCCCAGACUCGCACGGCCCUAAGGAGCCGGGCCCCAAGCACCACCCCCCCAUUCCUUUUCCUUGCCUGGGUACCCCCAAGGGCAGCGGAGGCGCGGGCUCGGCGGGCUCGGAGCGCACGCCUUUUCUCUCUCCUUCGCACCCGGACUUUAAGGAAGAGAAAGAGAGGCUCUUGACCGCGGGCUCGCCCUCGCCAGGGUCAGAGCGGCCGAGGGACGGCGGCGCCGAAAGGCAGUCGGGGGCGGCCAAGAAGAAGACGCGCACUGUCUUCUCGCGCAGCCAGGUAUACCAGCUGGAGUCCACCUUCGACAUGAAGCGCUACCUGAGCAGCUCGGAGCGCGCCUGCCUCGCCUCCAGCCUGCAGCUUACCGAGACCCAGGUCAAGACUUGGUUCCAGAACCGCCGCAACAAGUGGAAGCGGCAGCUCUCGGCGGAGCUGGAGGCGGCCAACAUGGCGCACGCGUCGGCGCAGACUCUGGUGGGGAUGCCGCUGGUGUUCCGGGACAGCUCGCUGCUGCGCGUGCCGGUGCCCCGCUCCCUCGCCUUCCCCGCGCCGCUCUACUACCCCGGCAGCAACCUCUCGGCCUUACCUCUCUACAACCUCUACAACAAGCUCGACUACUGACCGGCCCGCCGCCCCGCG